AUGCGUAAUACGGAACACUGCUCGGGCGGCAUCGCUUGGCCCGCGCGCGACCUCUACCUCGCCGACGACGGCGAGUGCCCGGCGUGCCGCAGGACGUUUGACGGCGUCGAGCCCACGACGGCGCUCGUUUGCUGCGCGACGGCGAUCUGCCGGACGUGCCUCCAGGACUGCCUGCGGCGCGCACAGAGUGAUUCACGGUUCACGUGCCCGCUCUGCCGCGAGGACUUUGUGAACGACCCAGUUGUUUGCAGAGAGCGCUUGGAGGCGCACGUCGAGGCCGACUCGCCCUUCGCCAUCGAGAUGCUGGCGUGUAUGCACCAGCAGGGCCGCCUCGGCCUCGCCAAGGACUCACGCGAGGCUGCUAGGCUCUUCCGCCGAGCCGCGAAGCUAGGUAAGCCGCGCGCGAACGUGCGCCUCGGCUUGCUGAAAUUGGAGGGCUGCCGGGGCGUGCGCCGCGACCCGGCGGGCGCGCUCGCGGCUUUUUUGAACGCCGCUAAGCAGGGCGACGCGUACGGCCAAUAUCUGGCCGGCCGAUUAUUGCUCGACGACGGCGACGCGCGGCGAGCGAUCGCGCUCUGGGAGGCGGCGGCCGACCAGGGCCUCGGGGCGGCCGCCGCGGCGCUGGGCGCCAUACACGACCGCGGCGAGGGCGUCCCGCGGAACCUCGCGACCGCGGCCAUCUGGUACUCCGAGGCGGCGGACGGUGGGGAUGAAAUAGCCGCGGAGCGCCUCGAGGAGCUCCGCGCCGAGACGCGCGACAUCUUCAAGGGGAUGAGGUUCGUGUGAUACAGCUGGUGGCGGACCCGUUAAGCUGGUGUGGCAAGGGUAUAAGUCUACG